CAGUGGAUUGGUUUCCCUGACCACAGACUUUUUGAGCCCUUGACGACGUUAAUUCUCCGGGGGUACAGCAUAUGCCAUUUUUGGCGAAGAGACGGAGAAGUCUGCGUUCCAGCGCCUCAUCGCCUUUUUUGUGGUGUUAGAAAGCAGCUCCAAGGUCACCAGCGCAUCGCUUCGGAGAAACUUGGCUUGGCGGACAUCUCCGACGCCGCUAGUCUAUGCUUGGGAUUUGUGCAGAUCACCGAUCGGGAACUUAUGGCCAAACACAGCCGUACAACAGAGCGGUAUUCAUGA